AUGGCUUGCUCCGUUGCGGGAAAGAGGGCGCGAGCUGUCGAGGCAAGUGAAUCACCAGAGACCCCGAGUAAGAGGACGCGUCGUGCCACCGCCCGCAUCACCGACGAGAACCUUGAUCCUGAAGACGUUCACGAUGAGGACGACGACAGACUCCACGAGCUGCCGCUCAAGCGGACCCCGAAGAAGCUUCCUGUCACGCCCUCGACGCCACGCAAGCGGGAUGCCCUCGCUGGCAACCCUGGCACUCCUCGCCAUGCUGUCAUGUCGGCUGGAAAACUUUUCAAGCGUCUGACGCCCUCAUCACCCUCCUCCCCCUCGACCGUCCAGACUAUCUACCACUCCGCACGCCAGCUCUUCGCCCACGGUGGCGAGCCCUGCAAGCUUAUCGGCCGCGAGGAGGAACGCCAACAGUUGACCGACUUCCUCGACCGGUGCUCAGCCGACUCGACAGCAUUGUCCCCUAGCGGCUGUCUCUACGUCAGCGGACCCCCCGGCACGGGAAAGAGUGCCAUGAUCACGCAGACGCUCCGAGAUUACUCCAGUCUGCCCAAUGUGCGAUCAGCCUACCUCAACUGCAUGAGCAUCAAGUCUUCCAAGGACCUCUACGCUACCCUCCUGGCUGCUCUGGGAGAUGACGGCGAUAUGGCUGAGGCGGACGCCGUGACGGCAUUGCAGAAUCGCUUCUGUUCUAAAAAGCAGGAGUUGGAGACGGUGUACCUGGUCACGCUGGACGAGAUCGACCACAUUCUGACCAUGGGUCUCGAGAGCCUCUACCGCGUGUUUGAGUGGUCUCUGCAGGAACCCUCCCGACUGCUGCUCGUCGGUGUCGCCAACGCCCUCGACUUGACGGAUCGCUUCCUACCCAGGCUCAAGGCUAAGAACUUGAAGCCCGAGCUUUUGCCAUUUCUCCCUUACAGAGCACCUCAGAUCAAGAACAUCAUCACAGCUCGGCUAAAGUCGCUGGCACCGGCAGCCAAGGAGGGCUUCGUGCCAUUCAUCCACCCGGCUGCCAUUGAACUGUGCUCCCGCAAAGUUGCCAGCCAGACAGGAGACCUGCGCAAGGCCUUCGAGAUUUGCCGCCGGUCACUCGAUCUGAUUGAGGCCGAGACCAAGUCCAAGCACGAGGACGAAGCACGUGCCAACCUCCUGCAGCUGACUCCCAGCAAGAAGCCCCUCGGUGAGAAGGUCAACGGGUCUUCGAGGCCCGGCAAGACAUUGGUUCAGGCUAUGACAGAGUCGCUCAAGACGCUUACACCCGAGACAGCCCCCCGGGCUUCGAUUGGGCACCUCAACAAGGUGACUGCUGCGGCCUUCAGCAACGGUACGGCCCAACGUCUCAAGGCCCUCAACCUGCAGCAGAAGGCAGCCCUGUGCUCCCUGGUGGCCUACGAAAACCGUGCCCGUGCCAACGCGAGGUCGACUGACAUAGCGGCAACACCCUCUAAGGCACGCCAAAUGACGGCACCUACUAUCAAGACCCUCUUCGACACGUACUGCCUUCUCUGCACACGCGACUCGGUGCUUCACCCGCUCUCGAGUUCCGAGUUCCGCGAGGUGGUGGGCAGCCUGGAGACGCUGGGGCUGGUACAUGCCGUGGAUGGCAAGAGGGGCAGCUUUGCCGCCCCGCAGACGCCCAGCAAGCGUGGGCGCAGGACCGCUGUUACGAGCGGCGGCGACGAAGGUCGUAUCGCCAGCGCUGUGAGUGACAAGGAUAUGGAGUCGGUGGCCGAGGGAAUUGGUGCCGGCAUAUUGGGAAGCAUUCUGGGUGGCGAGGCCCUCGACUGA